AUGAACACAUUUUCACAUGUACCUCCAGGCUUUCGGUUUCAUCCGACUGAUGAAGAACUUGUCGAUUACUACCUUAGGAAAAAGGUAGCGUCUAAAAGGAUUGAUCUAGAUGUCAUCAAAGAUGUUGAUCUCUAUAAAAUUGAGCCAUGGGACCUUCAAGAAUUAUGCAAAAUAGGAACGGAUGAACAAAGUGACUGGUAUUUCUUUAGUCAUAAAGAUAAGAAGUACCCAACUGGAACACGCACCAAUAGAGCUACAAAAGCAGGAUUCUGGAAAGCCACAGGAAGAGAUAAAGCAAUUUACUCUAAGCAUUGCCUGGUUGGGAUGAGAAAGACUCUAGUGUUUUACAAAGGACGAGCCCCAAAUGGACAGAAGUCUGAUUGGAUCAUGCAUGAGUACAGGCUAGAAACUAAUGAAAAUGGAACUCCUCAGGAAGAAGGGUGGGUUGUAUGCAGAGUGUUCAAGAAGCGAUUGACAACAAUGCAGAAAGUGGGAGAACCUUGUUGGUAUGAAGACCAAGUUUCCUUCAUGCAAGAUCUUGAAUCCCCGAGGCGGAUUUCUCACCCUUAUGUAUCAUACAACCAUCACCACCCUUGCAAACCGGAGCUGGAAUUGCAAUACAAUAUACCCCAUGAUGCUUUUCUCAAUCUUCCGCAACUAGAAAGCCCCAAAAUUUCUCAAUCAGCAAUCAGUUUGAGUUGCAGCUCAGUUGUCCCUUAUGGUUAUGAUAGCAAUAACAAUGGAAGCACUUUGCAGUUCUCAUCACUUACUCAAGAAGAACAGGUACAACAUUGCCAACAACAAAAUCUGAACUCGCUUUAUGGUAGCAAUGAUCAAGCGGUGGACCAAGUGACAGAUUGGCGAGUACUUGACAAAUUUGUUGCUUCUCAGCUCAGUCACGACCAAGAUGUUUCGAAGGAAACUAGUUUUUCCAAUGCACCUGUCCUACAUGUUGCUGAACAAAUCACUAUGCUUGCAAACGGAUCCAAAAGGGCACAAAUUUCCCAGGAAUAUGCUUCAACAUCCACCUCCAGUUCCCAGAUUGACAUGUGGAAGUGA